GACUUUGCGUCAUCGCGAGCGUGCGCGUGCGACAUUGCGUCAUCACGCACCCUGGUGUUAUAAAAUAUUUAAAAAACACGGUGGGCGGAAGCGCGCUGUGUAUUUGCUAGAGCGGAUACGCGCACCCUGCCGGGCGCCCCCUCCCCCACCACCAUACGCGCUGGGAAUUCUAAUCGGGGUGGCGUGCAGUGUGUUAAGGCUACACGGCGGCGGGGGAGUCUUUGCGUUGUGCGAGAGGCCGGCUCCCGUCUCACGUUUAUCGGGCCCUGAGCAACUUCGCCGGCCGAUUCCCACCACCUCAACCGGUCGAGACAUCCCCGUUGCCACACGCCACACCAUGGACAUUGCCGAAGGCGCAGCCGAGGUGGACGGUGGAGAGAAGUUCGUGAUUACGGGCGGCGGUGGAUAUUUUGGAUGCAGUUUGUUCCAGUGAAGGGGGGCGAGAAGAGAGGAGCGGCAGCGUGGAUUAAGCAUGAGGAAGAACAGAGAGAGAUUUCCCCUUCCGAUAAAUCUCUCUCUGUGACACGUCGCCAAACCACCUGGAUUUCCCAUCGUGGCCAUUGCAGGCUCGGCGCGGCGCUGGCGGCGCAGGGACACCGCGUGCUGCUGCUGGACCUCGUGCCGCCGCCACCGUCCGUGCCGCUCGCUCCUGGCAUCGACUUCCGCCAGGGCGACGUUACGGAUGAGCGCUGCCUCGAAUCGGCCUUCGCCGGUGCGGACUGCGUGUUCCACACGGCAUCGUUCGGCAUGUCUGGCCGCGAGCAGCUGAAGCGUCGCCGGAUCGAGGAUGUGAACGUGGGCGGCACGGAAGCCGUGCUGCGUGCAUGCGUGAGCGCCUGCGUGCCGCGCCUCGUGUACACCAGCACCUACAACGUCGUGUUUGGCGGGCAGGUCAUCGAGAACGGCGACGAGUCCCUCCCCUACCUGCCCCUGCACAAGCACCCGGACAACUACUCGCGCACCAAGGCCGUCGCCGAGAUGGCGGUGCUGCGCGCCGACGGCAGCGCCCUGGCCUCCCACCGGCCCGGCGCGCUCCGCACGUGCGCCCUGCGGCCCGCGGGGAUCUACGGCCCCGGCGAGCGGCGCCACCUGCCGCGCGUCGUGAGCUACAUCGAGCGCGGCCUCUUCGCGUUCGUGUACGGCCGGCCCGACAGCCGCGUCGACUUUGUGCACGUCGACAACCUGGUGGACGCCCACGCGCUCGCGGCCGACGCCCUCCGCGCCGGCAGGGGCAGCCCCGCCGGCGGGCAGGCCUACUUCGUGUCGGACGGCAGGCCCGUCAACAACUUCGAGUUCUUCCGGCCGCUCGUCGAGGGGCUCGGGUACGAAUUCCCGCGCGCGCGGCUGCCCCUGCUCGUCGUGUACGCCGUCGCGUUUCUCACCGAGUUGCUGCACGCGGCCGUUGGGUGGGCCGUCGACUUCCAGCCGCUGCUGACGCGCGCCGAGGUGUACAAGACGGGCGUGACGCACCACUUCAGCGUGGGCAAAGCGCGCCGGGAGCUGGGAUACGCGCCCGCCGAGAAGGAGUUCGGCGAAGUGGUCGAGUGGUUCCGGCAGCGCGGGCACGGGAAGCGGCGGCGCCAGCAGCAGCAGCGGCGGCGGCAUGGCCGCUUCGGCCCCGUGCUUCGAGACCUGGUGCUCGUCGCCAUUUUCGCCGCGCUGGUUUUGGCGUUUCUUCCGACCGUCACCACCGCGCUUUUGGACAGCUGACGUUUUGGGCAAGGAUGAUCCACGGGUAAUGAAAAGUCUCUACGUGACUUUUUGCAACACUUUCAGUAGCGCCGAUCAGUGCAGGUUUGUGAAAGGUGGGGGUGGGGGAGCAUAGACGUGGGAGUGCUGGACUGCCCUCUGCUGCCCACAACGUAGCCCCACAGUGCACCAAAAGAAUAACGCUCGCGUUACUUGCAUUCCAGUGCGGCGCAUUCUGCUACCGCGCAAUAUAAAAUUUGAGACUGCUGGGUAAUCACGUCCCUCCGCCAUCUCUUCCGGUGGACAUUUCUCCGAUUCAGUGGAAUGCUCCUCUCCUGCGCGCCGCCCUUUAGCACGACGGGGAAUAAUUAAGGGACGACGAUGUGGGUGCUGUUGAAUUAAUGGGGCGCCAUGGUGAUGAGAUGUUAAUUACCUCGCCUGGUAUACAGUUGGUCGUGGUUUCGAUCCCGACCCUGACACCUGUAUAUUUGGAGUUUGUGUGUCUCUCCCCGUGGUCGCGUGGAUCUUUCUCCAGGUCCCUCCGGUUUGUCCCUCCCCAUUUAAAAAAAAAAAAACAUGCAUUUAGAGUAUUCGGCUGCUAUACAUUUCCACAUAAGCCACUUCAUUGGCCUAUCAUUUGUGAUGGCCAGGUCGCUUCUGAAAGGUGGGCCUUACCUGUUAAAAUACAAACAAAAUAGUUUCAAUAGUUAAGAGUGAGAUAAAUCUGGAGUGAUGCUGAACCGAGAUGGAGACUCCACUUGCCCGCAUCGUUGGACAUUUCCAGGAAACCUUGGUGAAAAAAAAACAUUUCAUUCCAAUUAAUUUUGAGGGGCUUGUAUUAUUGCUGUUAAAAGAAAACAAUGGGCUUUGGGUGUUUGUAUGUCCACAAUAAAGACCACUCGGCAUCUGCUGGAA